AAGAACCAGCAGCUCAUAGCUAAAGGAAUAGAUAACUUUAAUAAAGCUUGGUUAGUUAUAUUCAGCAGGGUCUAUCACGACCCAGCAGAGCCAGAGUACGAUCUUUCUCCAGAGGAGCGGGAAGCAUGCAUGAAGAAUGGUCUUCCAGUCCAGGAAUUCACGCUUUUCCUGGAAGAACGGCUUCUCGAACGCUGCUACCCCGGAAUGAAAAUCAUUGCUAACGUCUGGGAACUAAACUGCGGGUUCCACUAUUUCGAAGAGGUCAUCAGGGCCUACGGAUCUAUCUACACGCCGCUCGCCAAUGAACUCAUAACGGGCUGCAAGAAGCCACGAGCUUUCGCUGCAAAGAAGAAGCAGAAAGAGAGCGAUGCUGAGUGGAAAGCAGAGCCUACAAGCUUGGAAACCCUUCUUACAAGGUAG